AACUAGGCGAGGUAAAAAUAGACUACAGUGUAGCACACCUCACUGACUAAACACUGUGAUGCCCUGUAGCCUGAGAGCAGACAGACAACACGUUUUGUUCAAGACGGCUGGAAUAUGGGAGAGUGUAAACUUGAACUGAUUGGUCUGGCGCUGUUAUCUCCGGCCCUGUUGAUCUCUUUGUGUCUCAAUAUCAUCUUCUGGAUCCGACGAAGAGCCAUUUUGUGUGGAGACAGAGAUGACUGCUGCAAUCCACACAUUUAUGAAGGAGAAAGCCUGUCACAGGAUGCAGGGCAUUAUUUUCAUAACCUCAAUCAUCAUGAGGAGCAGGAAAAUCCCCACAAUCAUCAUGAGCAACAGGAAAAUCCAAUCUAUGGCAACAUCAACACAGACAGACGAGGUUCGCUAGAAGUUUGUUACGAGAUGAUGACCAUGCAACACACAAGAGAUCGUAUGAAGCAGUCAUUAGAGCCUGACCUGAAUUAUGCCUCGCUGGAUCUGAAGGUGGCAAAUAAACACAAGAAGAAGCACCGCCAUCAGCAGGGCCACACUCAGGGACGAAACAAACCGCACGAUCAGCUGCCAGUCGACCUCACGCCCCCUGGGAAUGCUUUCUUGGAGGUGGAAGCGGAUAUGGAUGCUCAACUUCCUUCCAGAGACACCAGCACCAUGGUCUCACACAGUAGCAUCUACCUGAACAGCCAACAGAUAGCCCAAGAGACAGAGGUGAUGGAAAGAGAAAGGGGCAUAGACAUGGAGAGGGAGAAUGUGGGUUGGGAGGGAAAGAGAAGGCGGGAGGAUGGCGGGAGUAGAAAAUGGACAGGAGAGCAAGAGAGUGAGGAAAGAAGAGACAGACAAGAUUGUAAUGGAAGUAUAUGUACACAGCUUUCAGAGGUAGAGGCUAUUCAAAGUGGCACAGAUCAUUUCAUCAGCAGCUUUAGCCAUGAUAGUGUCCAACAAGAUUAGGCAUACAUCAUACUAAGACUGUUCAUUUCAAGCUGUUCAGAACUGAAUAGGCCACCUGAAAAAGCCAAUAACAGCCAUUACUGUGUCUGCCAGAAUGAAAAUAUCCUCUUCAAUACUCAACAAGCUUCAUGCAGUUAAGCAAUUUCCUCUCUGGUGCGAGCAAACUACCUCUAGAACUCUUGGGCAACUGGGAAACAAAGGUGUGUACCUUUCUGUGCAGAGGAUGUAAUAAACGUAGAGGAUGCAAAUAGAAAAGGAAACUCUGUGUUUGACAUUUAGAGGUCAAGAGUCACGUGGAAAUUUUCUAAUUUGUUGCGAAAGACAAGGAAAACAUCAAAACAUCAGAGGACACGGAAGAUCUUGCACUGUUGUGAUGUCUCAUAAUCAGACAUCAACAGAUGUCUCACAGAAAGGUGUGAAGGGGGGAAAAAAAAAAAUCUUUACAUUUGUUUUCCAUGCUGUAGGCGUUGGCCAAGUCUUGAGAGGUGACACUUUUCUUGAAUAAAUGUACUUCCUUAAGCAAUAAGCAAAUCUGCUUUUCAGCCAUGUUAUGACUGAAGAUAUAAUUAACAUGAAGAUCAAAUUAAAGCCAAGAAAGUAAAAAAGAGGGGAAACCUACAAGUAAUGUAAUUUUUGUUUCCCUGUGGGCAUAUUGUUAUGUAAAUGUCACCCACAAAGGAUUUUCCACGUCAGAGUUAUGAUAAUGGUCAUUAGCUCUAUAAUCUAUUGCAUUUAUGGGCUAAAGCACCAUCUGCUUAAAUGAUUAUUCCCCUCUUUUUAAUCCCCUCUUGGGAAGGAUAAUUUACUGCCCUGCUUUCUGCUGCGGGAACCGAGCUUUGAAAUGAACUUAGCAGUCGGAGGCCUGCAGCCACAAACCGUCUGUUGACAGUUUUUCAAUAGCUGACCAUGGCCUACUUCCCUUCUAUGGAUUAAUAUUUGGCCUCAGGCGUUCUGGAUCUAACUGUUGCAGAUAUACAGUACAGUGAAAGCAACAGAAAAGGACACACACAAAUAACAGAGCAAUAUUAGUCAAAUCUUUGUAUGAAAAAACCUGGAAAUAUUUUUCUUUCAAAAUAUAUAGUGUAUCCAUAGAGAUCGACCCUUUGUCACUGUGAAGCUAUAAUUAAUAGGAUGUUAUAAGUAAAUUAAUAUCAGCUAGAUUCUAAAAGCAUAGGUAUAAGUGAUUGACACCAUUGCCAAGAAUCCUUACACUUUGUAUCAGUCUCUGCAUUACAUUUUACACCGUAUGCCCAUCAGCUGAAUUUCAGGAUGUUUCCUUGGCUUGCUUUGGGUGACAUAAUGACAGGUACUCUUUUUUUAUCUGGCUCAACCAGAGCAAAGGUUUUUAAGGUGUCUUGCAAUAGCAGAUGGUGGAAUGAUGAAAAGGAAAACUGUGUGUGUGUGUGUGUGUGUGUGUGUGUGUGUGUGUGUGUGUGUGUGUGUGUGUGUGUGUGUGUGUGUGUGUGUGUGUGUGUGUGUCUUUGUGUGUCAGGAAGGAGUUACACAGAAAUGAUGCUACGGUAAAACUGUGAUAUCUUAAAAGAUGGCUUCACAAUUUUGGAUGGCUGUCUCAAACAACAGUCUGAUGCCCAUAUGAACAUUGAAACAGGUUUUUACAUACUGGAAUUAUUCAUCUGUCCUGUUUAUAAAAAUCCCUUCCAAAUGUGCUUUCAAUAGAACAAAUCAAGUCCUCCAAAGUUAGUCUUUUUAAGGUAUAGCUCGCUCUUUAUGUUUCCUUGGACAGUGUUUCAUAGCUGAGCUGCAGUGGAGGGAUACUAACACAAAAGGGGAACUCUGUACUAAAAAUACUUUCUCUAAGUUAGACUGCUGAAUCUUCAUUUUAGCUUCAGAUAAACUUUGGAAUCAAUUUUCACACUUCCAUUGCCUCCCAUCACUUACACUGAAAAUGUAUGAGGAAGGGAUCUUAUGAACAGGAGGAAUGAAUUGUUUGACUUGACUUGUGGCUCAGAAAGAAUAUUUUAAUGUGCUGAGGUAGAUGAAUCAAGUGCUAAAGCUACACUUUUAUGCCUCUAUACGUUGUGUAUUAUUCAACUGUAGAUUUGAUGAAUUAAACUAUUUUUUUUCACCUUAUAACAAUGAUCUCUUAAAAUAAUUGUUAUUCACAGUUUGCAUUAAAUAUCCAUGCUACA